AUGUGUCUUUUUGCUUUUUAGCUCAGUGCACAUGGAAGAGUCUUCAGUCAUGCAGGGAGCCCAGGGAGUCCUGGUACAGAACUGGCCCACUGCAUCGAGCGCUGCUGAUGGUGAAGGAGGAGAGGUUUCGCCACCUAUGGGUGCCGGCGUUGACAGCAACAGCUGGCACUUUCGCUACGGCCCGGGUGGUCCCGGAGCUCCCCCACAGCACCUGAAGCCUGGAGAGGUUCCUCCAGAAGCGUUUAUCAUUCCUGGCUCCCCGGCCAUAAUUUCCAUCAGACAGAACCAGGGAGGGGAGGACGACAAGAGCGACUUCAUCACCUUCGGAAAGAAAGAGGAGGCCAAGAAGAAGAAGAAGAAGAAGAAGGAAAAGGAGAAGAAAGACAAGAAGGAUAAAGGGAAGGAUGACGGCGAUGAGUAAAGCAGAGAGCAGAAAAUGCAUAAAAUGGCUACGGAGAAAAGGGGGUUGUUAAAACAGAGGUACCAACCAAAGUUCACUGGGCAAAAUGAGAAAAUUUUAUUCUGUUAUCCAUUAAUGCUGAUAAAGUUUCAAAGCUUUUUGUCUCAUGAUUUUGGCCUUACCAAGAUAUAGUUUACCUUCAGUUACAUACUGAUGUAAAUUAUUUAUCUUGCCUUUUAUACGAUUAAUGACACAGCAAAAGAAAACGAUUGUUGGGUUUUUUUUCUCUCCAUGCCCCAAUGUGCCUACGCACCCUGAGUCUACUUUUAUUAUCCUUUUGGAAGUGGAAGCCCCAGUCUUACCCUUGUGUUGUUUUUAUUUUCUCCUUUAACCCACUGGGCACGUUGGCACCUCUGUCUUAUCCCCUCCCCAACGACAAUGUGUAAAGAUUUCUCUAAUCGAAGAGACCAGUACGUUGAACAAGAACAACCUAAAGCUGUGCCAGCCAAGGAAAAAAAAAAAAGGAAACAUGAAGAAGAUUGACACAGAUGCAUGCAGUCUGGAGCUGGACACACUCUACUUGUAAAUAGCACAAACAAGAGUCACUGAAACUAAAGGCUAAACUGACACUGCUGCAAAUUCACUGGUAAUUACCAACAGUGUUCCCUGGAAUCUCAAUGAAGCCACAUGCGCACACACUAACGCAUUCAAACAUGCAAACAGCGUCUUAUUACCCAUGAGACAAUGGACACAGGAAGCACCUGAGGCCUAGCAAGAGGUGGGUGAGGGAAAAUAUGAGAGAAAAGACUGGCUUAAAACUGGACACUGCAAGUUCCUCGCCCUGCACAGUCACUUCUUUAGGGUGCAGAUGUACAUCAACUCUCUCAGGAUGGAAGCAGAACCAUUUGCAAUUGCUCUAUAUUUGCUUUGAGGAGAAACAAUGAGCUUUAUCUUCUGCAAGAGCCCCAACUGAGGAGUCAAGAGACCCCUGGAAGGAUGGAGAAAAGAUGGGGAGACGGUUCACGUUCUCCGGACCAUCACAGAGGGUUGAGUGCAGCUGAGGUGGCUUUAUAUAGUGGACUCUGAAGAUACCUUACAGAGUAUUUGGAGAAAUUUUGAUAUCACCUCUUCUUCUCCUCCUUUUUGCAGCAGCAGCUGAAUGCUUUCUGCUUUGAAUGUUUGGUAGCAACCAAUCCUUACCUGACACCUUGAGUUUACAGAUGAUCUCCUGCUUGUAUUUGUUCCCGGCCGCCACAAAACCAAAAUUUAUUGAAAUCACUUUUUAUUUGCUCGUUACCCAUCCUGCUGACAGCCUCUCAUGUAAAACUUGUGAAAUGUCUUCUUUUUGUUCUUUUAAGAGAUUCAAUAAUUCCUGUUCUGGUGUUUUAGUUUUUUUUUUUCUUCCUCUUCUUCAUAGCUUUAAUUGCUUUAUGCUUUACAUGCUCACCUCACCUUUAUCCUCAGACACCCACUCGACCCCCUGCUCUGAUGGCCUGCUCUGAACAUUGUGGUGUGCUGAGAACAGCAUGGAGUAAUGUGGACGAGGCCCAGGGAGAACCAAACAGGGCUCUGCACCCUGAACCCUUGUCAGAUGCUUCUCAAGUGCAAAAUGGUUCAGUGCUUUUAACUUGUGUAUACUACAGUAUGUGGUUCAUUUCCUGUUUGUAGAUAAUCAUGAGAGGAGGCAUGGUGGGAUAGGGCUGAUUACAGGGACUGUAAAGAAAUGGGAUAGAGUGAGGAGUGAUUUAGGAAAAAAAAUGGAUUCACCAACUUGAUUGUUUAGGAACAUUAGGUCACAUACUAGCUUCUAUGUACGCUGUAAAUGUAGCGUAGACUUUUCAGAUUGUCUGAACAGUAGUUACUGAAACUUGAGAAAUAUUGGGCACAUGGGGAUUUAUUCCCUGAGCUUUAUCCCACCAACUCUUCUCGCAGACGGUUUUUGAAAAGGGGCACGCACGUGCCUCAAGACCUGCUUCUGUUGGUUACCCUCCCGUUGCCUGUAACUUGUUGCCACGUCCCAAAAGUUUUGCGGAUCAGUAUGACGUCACUCCAUUAAGUGGCUGCUGCAUGUACUGCUCUACGGAAACAAACACUAUAUAGAGAAAUAUAUAUAUAGAUAGAUUGCUCUGAUUUUAUUCUUUUGUAUCAUUAUUAUUUUUUCUUCAUUCUUCGCACAGGAAAUAUCUGUAUGUACUGCUGUCGCUGCCAAGCAUCUAUGUACCACAAUGUUCACCCUCCACAGAUGUUUUAUGGCAUCCACUAACCCUCUUUAGGUAUUUGUAAAUGAUAUAGUGUGAUACCUUUCGAUUGCAAGUUUAUUUUUCUCUCUUUUUCCUACAGUGGUUUUGCGUUUGAACACAAGCAAAGCAAGGAAAAAAAGUUUUAAAAAAGCGAAAGAAAAAAAAACUAUCACUCUGUCUCUGGCUUUGACAUGACAAUUUAACUCUGUAUUAUUGUAACUGAAAUAUGUAUGAUUCUAUGAAGAGCUAUCACUUCCCUUUCACUAUCAUUAUAAUAAACAAAAAUGAAAGAAAAAAAUCCAGUGAAAAACAAUUAAAAGCAAACAAAAAAAAGGGUAUAUGUUAGUGUAUUCCUGUGUUUAGUGAGUGUUCAUGCUGUCAUUCUUUCCCGAUGUAUGGUGGUGAACUAUGGUGGCCAUGCGCUGUCCUGAUUGGACUAGCGGAGAUAUGUUGUAAAACCUUUUUUGUACACCUUCUCAUCAACUGUAACAGUGAAAAGUAGUGGAUUUCAUUUAUUUCAUUUAGUUUUCAAGCUUUUUAUUUUACCUAAAUGGAAACAGUGGUAAUGUGUUUGGUUUAAAAAUCACAAAUAAAAUUUUCUUUCUGAUGCGUA